AUGCCCAGCAGCGACACCAGGUCCGUGCGCGACAUCGCCGCCCUCUUCACCACCACCGUCCCCCCAUCGUCAACACCGACACCAGCCCCCACCGUCGUCGUCGACCUCUCCACCCUCGUCACCAUCCUCGACUACCAACGCUUCUACCCCAACACCCCCAUCGCGUCCUUCCACCCCGUCUACUACGCCCUCGACGACGGCUCCCUCGUCGCACCCCCCUUUGUCCACGAUCUCAGCAUAACCAACAUCACCCUCAUCCUCAUCGGCAUCCUCCUCGCCCUCUUUGUCCGCAACAUCAUCGUCUCAGUCACCUAUAUCUACAGAGGCAGGUUCAAGAACAAGGCUCUCCUCUAUACUCUGCUAUGUAGCCAGCUCCUUGCCCUCCCGUGCUUCAUUCCCUUGAUUGUAGCUCAGUUCGACCGCGACGUCGACUGUGGCUUUGUCCUUCGCAUCACCUCUGCUUCCACUGGCCUCUCCCUCUCCCUCUUGGUUCGUACCCUCAUUGACCUCACACAGCCUCUCACCCCUUACCCCACACAGGUAACAGGCAUCCUCGGCGUAAAAGCCUACAGAUGCCUCGACAACGCGCGUCUAGUCCUCUUCGCCUUGACCCUUUUCCGCACCGCCUCUCUCAUCGUCCUCGUCGUCGACCUGACCAACACCCAUGGCUACCGCAGGCUCUCAGGACGAUGUGAGAGGAAUGGAGUCGGUCUCACGCCUGUAUUCAUCAUCCUCCUCUUCGUAGAGUCUCUCUUUAUCUGCUGCUGCUUCUCCUUCGCAGUCUGGAAUUCCCGCGGUUCGCCCUCCAUCAGAGGCCGCAUCUCCCUCCAGCUCUCCCUCGAAGACGUCGCCGAGCACGUCGGCACCAGCAUCAGCACCCACAAACAGACCCUCUCCCCCCCUUACUCUCCCCCCCUCAGCCGUCGCGGCUGGUGGGACUACGUCCCCACCCUCGAAGCCGCCGCCGGGCCCCUCCCGCCUGUCGCACCCCCCGGCCCUGACGGCUUCGAACGACCCAUGCGACAGCCUCGGGGGAAGGACGUAGUGUGA